AUGAGUACCCCCCCAAACGACACGGUGGCCCAGAUCAUCGUCAACAGCCUGUACAAUGCCGGCGUCCGCUACGUGUUCGGCGUGCCCGGCGCCAAAAUCGACGCCAUCUUCGACUGCCUGAUGGACCACCCGGAGAUCACACUCAUCGUCGCCCGCCACGAGCAGAACGCCGCCUUCAUGGCCGCCGCCGUGGGCCGCAUCACCGGCAUCCCCGGCGUGUGCAUCGGCACCAGCGGGCCCGGGGCGUCGAACCUCGCCACGGGCCUCGUCACCGCCACCACGGAGAACGACCCCGUCGUAGCCCUGGUCGGCUCGGUGCCGCGCCACAUGAACCUCAAGCGCACCCACCAGAGCAUGCGCGCCCUGGACAUUCUGGGCCCGACCGCCAAGGUCGCCGUGGGCAUCGACGUCGAGGACCAGGCCGCCGAGGUCGUCCUCCACGCCUUCCGCACCGCCAGCGCCUCGCCCAAGGGCGCCACCGUCAUCUCCAUUCCGCAGGACGUCGCCAAGGGCACCUCCGCCAUCCUGCCCUUCCCCAGCGCCGCCUUCGUGCCCCCGCUCUACGGGCCCGCCCCGCAGAAGACGCUCGACCAGGUGGUGCAGAUGAUCGAGGCCGCCAAGCUGCCCGUGCUGUUCCUGGGCAUGCGGGCGAGCAGUCCCCGCGUGGUGAGCGCGGUGCGACGGCUGCUGUCCAAAUUCCCCCUGCCGACGGUCGAGACCUUUCAGGCCGCCGGCGCCGUGCCCAAGGAGCUGGUGCACCUGUUCUACGGCCGCGUGGGCCUGUUCCGGAACCAGGUGGGCGACAAGCUGCUGUCGCGGUCGGACCUGGUGCUGGCAGUGGGCUACGACCCGGUCGAGUACGACGCCAACCUGUGGAACCCGCACGGCGCCCAGCGCAUCGUGCACGUCGACUUCACCGCCGCCGACUACGGCACUUACUACCACCCGGUGGCCGAGCUGCUGGGCAGCGUCGUCGAGAACAUCACCUACAUCGCCGACCACGUCGCCCGCAUCUCCGAACCCACCAUCUCCGACCUGUGCCAGGGCCUCAUCAAGGAGUAUACCCUCUGGCAAGACCGGCCUGAAGUGAAGGGCGACGCGAACCCGGCCGGGCUGGUCCAUCCGCUCCAUUUCAUCACCACCUUGCAGCGGAUGGUGUCCAAGGAUACCACCGUGUGUGUGGACGUUGGCUCGGUGUACAUCUACUUCAUGCGGUACUUCUUCGCCUACGAGCCGCGCCGGCUGCUGUGUUCCGACGGCCAACAAACCCUCGGCGUGGCGCUGCCGUGGGCGAUCGCCGCGUCCCUGACGCAAACCCCCGUGCCGUGCGCGGAGAAGGUCAUCUCGGUUUCGGGCGACGGCGGCUUCAUGUUCUCGUCGCAGGAGAUGUCGACCGCCGUGCAGCGCGGCUGCGACAUCACGCACGUCGUCUGGAACGACCACGCCUACAACAUGGUCGAGUUCCAGGAGGUGCUCAAGUACGGCCGCGCCAGCGGCGUGCGGCUCGGCGGCGUCGACUUCGUGCGCUUCGCCGACAGCUUCGGCGCCCGCGGGUUCCGCGUCGACCGCGCCGACCAGCUCGAGAGCGUCCUGGCCGAGGCCCUCGCCUACAAGGGCGUCAGUCUCGUGGAUGUGGCCAUUGAUUACUCGGGCAAUAUCGAGUUGGCCAAGAAUGUCAUUGCCGAUGAGUGGAAUUGA